UUCGACCAAUAGGAGCUAAUCUUGCAAGUUUAGCGGGGAAUUUGUCCCCUCCUUCAAGCCUUCAGUUCGCGGGAAAGAAGAGCCUUCAUACUAACACCGAGCAACUACCCGCCGACGAUAAAUGCACUUUGCCUCCGUAAAUAUAUAUUUGGGACCGAUCUAAAGCACGGGAAUGCUUUUCCGUUCAAUUGUUGACAGACGCCUCGGGAGAGCACGGCAGAAUGCCCUUCCUGCACAGCCCUGGUCCAAGUACCCCCUGGGGUCCUUCCUGCAAGGCUACCAGUGUGUUUGCCACGAUGAACACAUCUCCUACGGGAACCUCGGGGAUUCUGUCCCACCGUUCGGAUUGUCUUUCUCCUCAGCAAGGGAGACUCAGGACGUUCUUGCCGUGGCGAAUGAAGAAGGUAUUGUUAGGAUUUACAACACAGAAGGACGAGGAAAGCCACUUCUUAAAGAAUGGCUGGCUCAUGAGAACGCCGUCUUUGACAUAGCCUGGGUACCAGGGGAGUCUCAGUUGGUGACUGCUGCAGGCGACCAGAUGGCCAGCUUGUGGGACGUCAAGUCAGGGGAGCUUUUAGGCAGCUUUAAGGGCCACCUUUGCAGCCUCAAAUCUGUCACCUUUGCUCCAGAGGACAAAGCUGUGUUCUGUACCGGUGCUAGAGAUGGAAAUAUUCUAGUCUGGGAUACACGCUGCAGCAAAAGAGAUGGUUUCUACAAACCGGUCAAGCAGAUCUGCGGCGCUCACAACAAAGCAGACGCCAACCCCCCGGGGUCCAGAAGCAAGAAGCGACGACUCAGCACUCGUGGAAUGGCUCCGAGUGUGGACACCCAGCAAAGUGUCACUGUGGUUUUGUUUCGAGAUCAGCACACGCUCAUCUCUUCUGGCGCCGUGGAUGGUGUUGUUAAGAUGUGGGACUUGAGGAAAAACUACACGGUGCACCAUCACGAUCCAGUAGCCCUGCAGACCUUCCUGUAUCCUGGUUCUUCCAUGCGCGUGCGUCUGGGUUAUUCCGGGCUGGUGUUGGACUCCACAAGAUCCAACGUCAUGUGCAACUGCACUGACGACACCAUUUACAUGUUCAACGUCAGUGGAGUCAAAAGCAGCCCGGAGGCAGUGUUCAGUGGGCACCAAAACUCAUCCUUUUACAUCAAGUCCACAAUUAGCCCAGAUGACCAGUUCUUGGCCAGCGGCUCCAGUGACAACAACACAUACAUCUGGAAGAUCUCUGAUCCCACGUCCGCCCCCAUGAUGCUGCAAGGCCACAGCGAGGAGGUGACGUCUGUUGCAUGGUGCCCCACAGACUUCACCAAGAUUGCUUCCUGCUCCGAUGACCACACUGUCCGCAUCUGGCGCCUUCAUCGGGAAAUGGAUGGAGCUCAGUCGGCAGUGGGCGGGGCCAAUCUUGUAGGCUGGGCCCGUGCUAAGACUCCACACAAACCUCCACACGCCACGGAGACGACCCCCGCUAAGAACAAGAGUUCGGAGAGCAUCGGAGUCCUGGUUUCCCCGCAGCUGGCCGCCUGUGCUCCGAGUGGCGCCGCCCUGCCUCCGCCCUCCAGCACCAACUCGCCUACGGUGGAUGCGAAUGGUGGUGUUAGUCGGAGAACACCACGUUCCAUCCAAACGUGGCUGUCGCCCGGCCCUCUGCCGCGUAAAGUCCUCAGCCCGUGUCCUCAGAACCCGGCGGGCUGCACCCCACCCACGGCGCCGCGAGCCAAGCGUAGGCUGGAGGCGGACUCGCCCGACGGCUGCGAUGACGCAGAGGGGUGCGAGUGCGUGGCGGAAAUCUUCCACGUUGCCAAGAGGAGCCGGGGCUCGUCGGGCGUCUGCUGGCCGGCUCCAGAGAGUCCGCUGGGCGGGGUCGGUCCCACUGCCGUGUCGGGAGAGACCGGCAAGGAGAAUGAGUGUCCACCCGUGACGGACUGGCUGUCAGUGAUGGGGCAAAAGAUGAGGGGGGGUUCCAGCAGUCCCAAGAGUCCCAGUGCUGGGAAGAAACAAGCAGCCAGGACGCCAGCCUCACCGACAAUCAGCUCGCCACCAAGUAUGAAAAAAAUAUCUUCCUAUUUCACCAGGAGACACACGGAGUGAUGUCAUAGCCACCUUGGGUCAUUUUAAUGCACAAAAUACUGCCGGAAUGGACAAAUAUUCCUCACAUUUACAUGUUAUGGUCACAGUUCCUGCUUCAUACGUGUUUUUGAUGAGAAGUUGAACUCAAUUUUGGUAGUUUUACCGUAACCAGAGAAAUUUUAGAUGUGUUUAUUUUACACAGCCUGCCCAAUUUGUGUCAAGUUUUCAAAGAUGGGGAGAAAAAAAAAAAAGAGUUCAAAAGCUCUACCUUUUUAAGACAAGAAGACUUUGUAAAAUAUCAGCUUUUAUUGAACAGUUUCUUCUUUUUGUUAAUAUGUACAAAAUAGCACGUGCUUGCUUUGUUUAUGAGUGCACAGAUUUUUUUUUUUUAUUAAAUUGAAGAUAUAUUCAA